AUUCAGGCUGGAGAGAACUCCUCCGUACAGUUUCUGGAAAGUCUAGCCUCUGGGAGCCCUGGAUCGAGGAUACUGUGUGCACCCCCAGAGCACUUUAGAUUCCCCAGCGCAGACCCAAGAUGGGACCGGGACAGGCAGGGGGCGCGCUCCUGCUGCGGCUGCUAAUGCUAGUUCAAGGUAUUUUGAAUUGUCUGGCGUAUAAUGUUGGCCUCCCAGGAGCGAAAAUAUUUUCCGGGCCUUCAAGUGAACAGUUUGGGUAUUCAGUACAGCAGCUUACGAACCCACAAGGCAACUGGCUACUGGUUGGUUCACCGUGGAGUGGCUUCCCUGAGAACCGAAUGGGAGAUGUGUACAAGUGCCCUGUGGACCUACCCACUGCCACCUGUGAAAAGCUGAAUCUGCAAAAUUCAGCAAGCAUCUCAAAUGUUACCGAGAUAAAGACCAACAUGAGCCUGGGAUUGACCCUCACCAGGAAUCCGGGGACCGGAGGCUUUCUAACCUGUGGUCCUCUCUGGGCACAUCAGUGUGGAAAUCAGUAUUAUGCAACUGGGAUCUGUUCUGAUGUUAGUCCAGACUUUCAGUUCUUGACCAGCUUUUCACCUGCAGUUCAGGCUUGCCCUUCCCUCGUGGAUGUUGUAGUUGUAUGUGAUGAAUCAAACAGUAUUUAUCCUUGGGAAGCAGUAAAGAACUUUUUGGUAAAGUUUGUGACAGGCCUGGAUAUAGGACCUAAAAAGACACAGGUGGCGUUAAUUCAAUAUGCCAAUGAGCCGAGAAUUAUAUUUAACUUGAACGAUUUCGAAACCAAAGAGGAUAUGGUCCAGGCCACAUCUGAGACGCGCCAACAUGGUGGGGACCUCACAAACACCUUCAGAGCUAUCGAAUUCGCAAGAGACUACGCUUAUUCACAGACUUCUGGCGGGCGCCCGGGUGCUACAAAAGUCAUGGUAGUUGUGACCGAUGGCGAGUCCCAUGAUGGGUCGAAGCUGAAAACUGUGAUCCAGCAAUGCAAUGAUGACGAGAUACUGAGGUUCGGCAUAGCAGUUCUUGGGUAUUUAAACAGAAAUGCUCUUGAUACUAAAAAUUUAAUCAAAGAAAUAAAAGCAAUUGCUAGUACUCCAACCGAGAGAUACUUUUUCAAUGUGGCCGACGAAGCGGCUCUUCUGGAGAAGGCUGGAACUCUAGGGGAGCAAAUAUUCAGCAUUGAAGGCACUGUUCAAGGAGGAGACAACUUCCAGAUGGAAAUGGCACAAGUUGGAUUCAGUGCAGAUUACGCUCCUCAAAAUGAUAUUCUGAUGUUAGGUGCAGUGGGGGCUUUUGACUGGAGUGGAACUCUUGUCCAGGAGACAUCUCACAAGCCCGUGAUCUUUCCUAAACAAGCCUUUGACCAGGUUCUGCAGGAUAGAAACCACAGUUCGUUUUUAGGUUACUCUGUGGCUGCAAUUUCUACUGAAGACGGUGUCCAUUUUGUUGCUGGUGCUCCUCGAGCAAAUUAUACUGGCCAGAUAGUGUUGUACAGCGUUAACAAGCAAGGCAAUGUGACCGUGAUUCAGUCUCACAGAGGGGACCAGAUUGGCUCCUAUUUUGGCAGUGUGCUGUGCUCAGUUGAUGUAGAUAAAGACACCAUUACAGACGUGCUCCUGGUAGGUGCUCCUACAUACAUGAACGACCUCAAGAAAGAAGAGGGAAAAGUCUACCUAUUUACCAUCACAAAGGGCAUCUUGAAUCAGCACCAGUUUCUUGAAGGGCCAGAAGGCACUGGAAAUGCUCGGUUUGGUUCAGCAAUUGCAGCCCUGUCAGACAUCAACAUGGAUGGCUUUAAUGAUGUGAUUGUCGGUUCACCUGUAGAGAAUGAGAACUCUGGAGCUGUGUACAUUUACAAUGGUCACCAGGGUACCAUUCGCACCAAGUACUCCCAGAAAAUCCUUGGGUCCAAUGGAGCCUUUAGGAGACAUCUCCAGUUCUUUGGAAGGUCCCUGGAUGGCUAUGGUGAUUUAAAUGGGGAUUCCAUCACUGAUGUAUCCAUUGGUGCUUUGGGGCAAGUGAUUCAACUCUGGUCACAAAGCAUUGCUGACGUGGCCAUAGAAGCUUUGUUCACUCCAGACAAAAUCACUUUGCUCAACAAGGAUGCUAAGAUAACCCUAAAGCUCUGCUUCAGAGCAGAGUUUAGACCUGCUGGGCAAAACAAUCAAGUAGCCAUCCUGUUUAACAUGACGCUUGAUGCGGACGGACAUUCAUCCAGGGUAACCUCCAGGGGGGUGUUCAGAGAAAACAGUGAGCGAUUCUUGCAGAAGAAUAUGGUGGUAAACGAAGUGCAGAAGUGUUCUGAGCACCACAUUAGCAUACAGAAGCCCUCUGAUGUUGUCAACCCUUUGGAUCUGCGUGUGGACAUCAGUUUGGAAAACCCAGGCACUAGCCCUGCCCUCGAAGCCUAUUCUGAAACUGUCAAAGUCUUCAGUAUCCCUUUCUAUAAGGAGUGUGGCAGCGAUGGAAUUUGCAUCUCUGACCUGAUCCUGGAUGUCCAACAGCUGCCAGCCAUUCAAACUCAAUCCUUUAUUGUCAGUAACCAAAACAAGAGGUUAACAUUUUCAGUCAUCCUGAAAAACAGAGGGGAAAGUGCAUACAACACUGUGGUCCUGGCCGAGUUUUCUGAGAACUUGUUUUUUGCUUCUUUCUCCAUGCCGGUCGAUGGAACAGAAGUAACAUGUGAGGUUGGUUCAUCGCAGAAAUCUGUUACCUGUGAUGUGGGAUACCCUGCCUUAAAGAGUGAACAGCAGGUGACUUUUACCAUUAACUUCGACUUUAAUCUUCAAAACCUCCAGAACCAGGCGGCCAUCAAUUUCCAAGCCUUCAGUGAGAGCCAAGAAACAAACAAAGCAGACAAUUCGGUCAGUCUCACGAUUCCUCUCCUGUAUGAUGCCGAACUUCACUUAACCCGAUCCACCAACAUCAACUUCUAUGAGAUCUCUUCGGAUGAGAACGCUCCUUCUGUCAUCAAGAGUGUCGAAGAUAUUGGUCCUAAAUUCAUCUUCUCCCUCAAGGUAACAGCCGGAAGUGCCCCAGUGAGCAUGGCAUUGGUGACUAUCCACAUUCCUCAGUACACCAAGGAAAAGAACCCACUCCUGUAUCUGACUGGGAUACAAACAGACCAGGCUGGCGACAUCAGCUGCACAGCAGAAAUAAAUCCACUCAAGCUACCACACACCGCCCCUUCUGUAUCUUUCAAGAAUGAAAACUUCCGGCAUACGAAAGAAUUGGACUGCAGAACCACUUCCUGCAGUAACAUCACCUGCUGGCUGAAAGACCUUCACAUGAAAGCAGAGUACUUCAUCAAUGUGACAACCAGAGUUUGGAACAGGACCUUUGCUGCUUCGACUUUCCAGACUGUGCAGCUGACAGCAGCGGCAGAGAUCGAUACACAUAACCCUCAGCUCUUCGUGAUUGAGGAAAAUGCUGUCACGAUUCCCCUCAUGAUAAUGAAACCCACGGAGAAAGCAGAAGUACCGACAGGGGUUAUCAUAGGCAGCAUAAUUGCGGGAAUCCUUUUGCUGUUGGCUAUGACUGCAGGUUUGUGGAAGCUCGGCUUCUUCAAAAGACAAUAUAAGAAAAUGGGCCAAAAUCCAGAUGAGAUGGAUGAGACCACAGAACUCAACAGCUAAACCAUCGGCGGACAGCACGGUGUGGGGGCUAGCGGCAUCCCUGCCAGGGCUCGCUGGUGUGGUGAAUGGACUUCUAUUAAAGUCCACCUUUAAACAAUUUAAUAGGUAAACUAGCCUGCUCAGUUGGGGAUGGUAAAAUUGUGGGUGGUGUGGUUAGGGGUAGAAAGACCAAAGACAUCAUAUAGAAAGGGGAAAAGUUAUCUUCAGACUGGCUAGUCCAGCGUUUACCUUCUAACAGGGCGAUGGGAUACUUCUAGACAUGACAAACCUUCAAGAAAAUGGAAAUGUUUUUCAGAUUUGGGGGUGGAAAAGUGCAUAGGGAAUGUUCUUUUUAAUUUGCUUAUCAGUAACAAUUAAAGUGGAAAGUACCUGGUGUGUAUAUUAUACAUAAUAUAUAUGUUAUAUAUUAUCAAUAUAACAUAUAUAUUAAACAUAUAUAAUUGACAUAAAUGAUAAUAGGUUAUAUAUUUAUAUGUAUGUAUAUAUGUAUAUGUAUAAAUAUACUGAGUACUUUCUACAGACAUAUAAUAAUAUUGUAAUGAAAAAAUGAAUGUUUGUUGACAAGAGAGACAACCAGCAUAGAUUGUUUUUCAAUUUAUGCUGCUCCUCAAAGGAUGCCACAGAGAUAGAUAUCUUUAAUUGAUAAUCUUAUUUAUUAACUAAGUUUAAAAAAAAAAAGACAGUAAUCUCAGCUACCACUCAGGAAGCUGAGACAGGACCUGGAGUCUGAGGUCUCCCUGAGCUGUAGCAUGAGUUCAAGGCUAUCCUGGAGGAUUUAAGGAGACCCUGUCUAAAAGCAAAGGAAGAAAUGACCCCUGGGACUUAGCUUAAUGGUAGAGUUCUUGUUUAGUGGCAUCUUAAAAGAAAUGAAGUAGAUAAAAGGUAUGCUUUCUUACUAUGAGCAUGCUUGAAAUGCUCGGAUAACCAAGAGAACCCUUUUAUUUAACUAACCUGCUCCCCUUUCCUGCUGCCUCUGUGACAGAAACCCCUGCAGCCUGCCUUUCUCCCCGGCAGUUAUCCACUUUCCUCUAUCCACCGCCUACAUCUCCUACAGCAUGGAUACCAACCCAACGCCACCCCUACACACACACACACACACACACACACACACACACACACACACAAUUCCAGGUGUUGAGCUGAGAAAGUCCUCUGUUUAUCUCCCACACCUGUGUGAUUAUACACCCCUAAACUUUAGGGAGCUAGUUUCAUUUGCUGCUAAACAAGUAAUUAAACUACACCUGAAUUUGUAGCUGUUACCUGUUAUAUAUAAAAAUAAUACAUAAAUGGAAAGGCUCGGGAGGGGUUGUAAGCUGGAGCAGCAGCAGAAAUCACUACCUUGGCAGGAACAUCCUCUGUACUGGGUUCAGGUGGGCACAACUCUUCAGCCCUAACUCUUGAAACUCUGGGUUGACAGAAGGGCCAACAGCCUACAUUUUGACAACCUCUCAGGCCUUGUGAUGUAAACAGACUCACUCCAGGGAGGAGUGGUCCUUUCCUACCGUUUGCCCCUCAUUUCCCAGACUAGACAUUCUCUAGAAGAGAGUGGGAACAGGGGGGUUCAGGGACAGCUGUAAAACUCACUUUGUCACACACUUUAUGCAAAAAGCUUUGGCCUGGUCUCUAGGAACUUCAUUGUUCUCCUUAUGAAAGAGGAAGUCAGGGUUAGGGCUAGCCAGUGACUCAAUCUUAAAAGCCACCCUUAAGAAUUUCUACAUCCUCCAAAAAUAAGACCUAGAGAUGUCAGAGAAAAAAACAACUUGUCCACGUGUGGAUGGAUGGCUCUGACUGCCUUCGUGCCAAGCCCCUGGGUGGCAGUCCAGAGCUACUUGGACCACUUAAUGGCUCACUCCAGCCUUGAUAAAGCCAAAUAAACAAGGAAAAAAAAUAUUAGCUGUAAAUGUCAGAGAGGUACAGCAAAAACAGCUUGGUACUCUUUUAGUUACGUGAUCCAGAUUCUUUUAACGGCUGUGUCAUUCUAACCAAAAUUUUAAAGGGUGCAGAAACCAGUCAUUAGGUUGCUAGAGAAUAUUUCACACAGCAUGUUAAUUUAUUGCACACUCGUGUGUAUGUGUGUGUGUGUGUGUGUGUGUGUGUUAGCCUGGUUACAACUAAGACUCAGACACAGUCCUGUCAGCCAUUUCUCAACCCACCCUCAGCGCUUUGAGCUUAGCAGUAUUGUAGUAUUGCCAUUUUGAAGCAGACAGUUUUAGGAGAGAAAGGGCUACCUCACACCUUGCAAGGUUUUAAGCAGCCAUCCCUGGCCUCUACUGACUCCUUCUCCCAUGAUUUUGACAAUAACAAAUAUCCCCAGGUCUUACUAAAUGACUCCUGUAUUUUUCAAGGAAUUUUAAGCAAAGAUGUUUCUAAGAAAUUAUUGGGGGUCAGGUAGAUUGUAUUUGAGAGGAAAUUAUGUGGUCCAUUCAACCACAGCUUUGCUUUAUAGGACUCAAAGUUGUCAGGGUAAAAUAUACAUCUCAUAAAUGGUAGAUCACAAAAUGUGAUCUUAAGAACCUGAGUGGCUUCUUGCAUGGCCACCACACGACAGCAACACAGUGACACAGUCUAAUAAAGAAAUGGGACUCACUUAAAAGUCACACAGCACUCAUUGUAGCAGCAAGCUAUGACCGUCUAACUGGGCAGAUGCCUUUCUAGUUAGCAGUGUUAUUUUUACACGACAGUGAAACUUGCCUCUUUAACUGUGAAGAAUAAAGACAACUAGGCCAAUUUACUCUAGUCACCUCAGUGAUUAUUCCUGAUACAUAGCUGAACCCGACAUGUGAAAAUCUCACUAAGAUUUCAUUGAACAGAAGGCAGGAUUCUCAGCUGAGCUCCCUCAUCUAUCUCCAUGCACACAGAGAACAACUCUACACACAAAAGGGACUCACCCUUCAUGUACUUUCAGGAAGGGCGGAGCCAUCAGCAGGAAAAACAUCCAGAGGCAAAAGAUAAACAUGGGGGGAAAGUUGGAAGUACAAUAUUUACUACUUUAAAGUAUAAAGACAUAGCCAUUGUGUAAAUAUAUAGAUUGUAUUGUUUGUACUUGAUUUUGGCAAAGGAAGCCGAGACGUAAAUGUAUAUAUUGCACAGCUGUAUUAGAAUUGUCUAUUUUUUAAAGAGGAAACUGUCCUAUUUCUCAACUGAUAAGUACUCCUGGUAAGAUGUAAUAUUUGCUGGUUUUAAUUAAAUGUGUCUUGUCAUUUUUCUCUCCACCAAAAGUAUAUAAGAUGGAUGUAUUUCCUUGUGUAUCAACUUAGUGAAUUUAUCUGACUUCUUAAAAACAAUCAAACUGUAGUAAUUGACAUAAAGAAAAGCCCAAGAGCCAGACAGAAACGUUUUAUUUAACUGUAAAUCAUCCUUUUCAUACCCUGUUGUUAAGUAUCAUUAAAAGUGUUUUGACAGUA